GACAGCAGCAACCUCCCCUCACCUGCCUGCUCGCCCCUCUCCCAUCCUCCUCUCCUCCAUCACAGCGAUGCUGCUCUGAACAGGACCAGAAAUUCAUCCCAAAGCUGGAGGAGCUGAUCAAGUUUGGUGGCUUUUUUCCAUAAACGCUGCUUAAGGAUUUUUCAGGAAACGAAACAUGCCAGUAUGGAUUACUCAAAUCCUGGCCAAACAAAAGGACGCAGCACUCUUGGGAGGAAGAAGAGAGAGAAAGAGGGAUGACACGCCUCUCCCUCAUACCUGACUUUCUUUCCUUGAGAGUCUGAUGCUCGGUUUUUUCCCCACGUCCCACGGCUUCGACACACUUGUGGCAACUGAAGCGUGUAUUUAUGUAUGAUGUUGUCUAGUUGAGGAAUACUUUUGAGACUGUUGCAUUAAUUUUUUUUUCUUGAAUCUUCAAGUCUUGCACAAACUCUCUGAGGUUGUUUCAGGUGAAAUACGCCAAUCUUCUGUGUUUGCAUGAGUGUGUGUGGUAACAUUUGACCCGUCUGUGUAUGUGGGCGUACGAGGGCGACGCCUGGUAGUGUCUCAGAGCGCGCUCAGGCUUUCUUGCACAUUACUGCAGCAUGAACGGCUAGCCUGCAAUCUCAAACAGUGGGGUGCAUGCCACGAAACAACACCAGCCCUUUGACAUUUUAAUGAGGUUAAAGCUGUCAGCUGUCUUAAAGCAUGUUCAUGUCAGGACAUGGUUGGUUUGAGAGCCAACAUUAGGACAUAUAGUUCUGUUAAACAAAUAGUAAUGUAAUAAUGAGCAGUGCGUACGUCAAAGCUUUUUUGGUGAUAAAAUUUUGGACUUUUUCCUCAGAAACUAAGCAAGAAGUGAUGAGAAAGUGUGACGUAGACAGAAAGAGGAAAGAAAAAGCUAAGUACAACUAGCCACACACUGUUUCUUUCGUAAAGACUGCUGUCUCAGAUCUGAGCCUGCAAUUGGACGGAGAUUUAUACGCACCUUCGGACACCUCAGCUUUCCAACAAAGUGUGCUCGCAGAGCCACAAAGCAUUUGUUAAACCGAAUGUCUGAUAAUUACAUUUCACAACCCACUGAGCUCCAAAGGCAUCCAACUGGUAUCUUAUUAAGAUAUUGAUUUCUAUGUGACGAGCAAGAUUAUCACUAUUAAGGGCUUGUGUUAUUUAAUUGAAUUUCCUUCAUUGAUCAGAAUUGUAGCUGUUGAGGAAUUGGGUUAAUAACUGUGAUGCACAGAGCUUUAUUACUAAAUAAAUAUAAAUGCAUAAUAGUUGUUCAUUUUCUGAACAAAAGUUCAGUGUAUAUGAAGUGUCACAGAUGGCGGCCGGUCGAAUGAAGGAUGUUUGCUGUUGUUCGCACCUAAGCAGAAGCGUUUAACAUGUGUAUGUAGGAGUGCGUGGGAUUGCAUUUUCCUCAAGCGUACUGACUCUCUCACCUCACGCUUUCAUGUGCUACCAGUUUUUACCAAUUCAUCCAGCGUCAAACACGCAUGUUUAUCUGACUGAAUGCGAUGCACUCCACACAGUUCGGAGUCUUUGAGAGAGAUAAGAAACACCUACAUGAAUAUAGAAACUCAAGCAGAAGUUCAAAGUGAAAAGCUACCAGUGAAGGCGGAACAGGUGGGAAAGCACAAAGCCAAAUCGGGGCACUUGAAGUCGUUCUGUAUGGAUAUGUGAAGACGUUAAGCAGUCAAACUCUUUUUCGGUAUCCACAGCAGUUGAUCGAAUCUGGGAGAGAAUCAUGGAUCUCACUGUGAGGAGAAUUUCAGUUUCAGGAGUCAAGAAUUUCAUCUAGAGUCCAGUUCGAAAAGAAAUCACCUGACGUUUACAAGGACUUCUGCAGGAAAUAGUUGUGUUUUGAUAAAACACACUGUUUUGACCAGUUGUUGGCACAUAAGAAUUUGGAAUUGAACUGACACUUCUUGGAAGCAAAAACCUUUAACAAAGCCACAGAUUUUGCCAAAUACUGUGAGGCAAAAGUCAUUUUUGUUCUUGGAACGCUCCUCCUUGUCGGUGUCUCUUGACCAAACAUUCAAUCCCUCCAAUUAUCCUUCCAUCGCUUUGGAAUAAAACAUUGAAUGUCGCACAGCCACGUACAUGCAGCAUUUACUGAUUUAGAAGUAAUUUGGAUGUAGUCCCAGAAAAGCGCUGGUGGAAGUGGCCAAGCACAGAAGCGUAAUUUCAUGCUGAAGUCCCUGAAUUAAGCACAUCAAUGGGGACAGUGCUUUACUACAAAGUGCUUUACUACAACAUUUCACUUCAAGCACAAAUGGACUUUUUUUUACAUACUGGAAUUCGUUUUUAAUGCCCCACAAUAGACUUGAGAUAUGACAGUGUGGACGUCUUGAGUUGAGGAAGGAUGAAAUGGACUGUUUGAAAAGCAGAAAAACGGACAGUUUUUAGAGACAUGAGAAAGACUUGUGCAUGUGUCUCUGACCCAGAAAUGCUUUGAACUCGGCAAUUCUCGUGCUGUGAACCUGAGUACGUUCGUAAACUCGCUGGACUGCGAAAGCUAACCGAACUGUCUGUGGGGGUCUGGGAUAUGCUGCUUGGCUGAAGAAGCACAGCUGUUGCUCUGAGUGGGUGAUCUGAGGUGUGUGGGUUCAGACGUCAGGAUGGGGUGUAACAUGUGUGUGGUGCAGAAGCCCGAGGAGCAGUACAGGGUCAUGUUCCAGAGGGGGCAGAUAAAUUGCAUGCUGUGCUCUUUUAAUGGGGAGGUGAACGGAGACCUGACUGGGCUCUCUCCGGAGCAGAGCCUGCAUGCGCUGCGCUGCCGGAGGAGCGUGAGGUGGGGUCCGAGGAGGAAAGCAGCUGUGUCUGGAGCUGCUGGAGGGACGGCGGUAAUGACUGACUGUGUGGACAGCGGGACGCAGACAGAUAUCAGCUUCCAGCACAUGGUGACAUUAGGCAGACCCGUCCAUCACAACAGACCAGCUUCACCUCCAUCCCCUCCGCUGCCGCCCAUCCCAGAGCCAUACCUCUUCAGCCAGCUUCCUGCUGUUGACCAUGUGUACUACGACCCGACGGACUACUUUGACAUCAGUCAACACGAGGUGGACAGACAGGACGACCUGGAGUACGAGGAGGUGGAGCUGUAUAAAUCAUGUCAGCAAGAUAAACUGGGUUUAACGGUGUGUUAUCGCACUGAUGAUGAAGAGGAUCUGGGUAUCUACGUGGGUGAGGUCAACCCUAAUAGCAUUGCUGCUAAAGAUGGCCGAAUCCGUGAGGGAGACCGAAUACUGCAGAUCAAUGGGAUGGAUGUGCAGGACAGAGAGGAAGCGGUGGCCAUCCUGACCAGAGAGGACAGCACCAACAUCUCUCUGCUACUGGCACGACCAGAUAUUGAGAAUGAGGCUGAUGAUCUGGAUCUGGAGUUGGGCGAGGGACUGGAUCUAGAGGACUUGGAAAAUGUCUCGAACUCACCCAGUCCUCAGCCCCAAAUGAAAACUAGCUCUGUGCUGAGUGACAUCAAUGGGAUCCGAGCUGCUCGGCCCAACUUGUGGCACACUGCGCUCAAUAACAGCCAGGAUCUGGACAGCGGGGUGGGUCGCACCGAUGAAAGUACACGCUGUGAAGAGUCCUCCGAGCUGGCCGAUGAUGCCACCAGCGCAUGCACGACCAAUGCCACCAAUACACCUGGCAGUUUGCGCAAGUUUCGCGCUGCUCAGCACGGAUGGGAAUUUAACUACAGCAACGACUCGCUGCUGGGGCCAGAUGGGGUGGGAGCGGUGGAUCACGGGGCUCCUGAAUCACUGGGCUCGGUGACUAGCAGAGCACUGAUGCCAGGGUUAACUGAAGAGGAAUAUGAACGUUACCGAGAUUUACUGGAGAUCCGCUGCCUUUACGAGAAGAACGGAAAUGCACUUUUCCUUUUGGAUGGAAGGAACCAUGGUGGAGGAGGAGGGGGUGAUUUUGCAGGAGCAGGUGUUCCAGUAGACAUGAAUUGUAACGAGAGCUUGAUGCAGCACGAGAUUGCUCUUCUCGAUGAGGAAAUACGUCACCUGGAGUUUAAGUGGCGCAAUGUUUUACGGGCUCAAAAGAUGCAACAGUUGCGCCAACGCUGCCUGAAGGUCUGGCCAGCGGAUGAAGAUGAUGAUGAAGAAAAAGGAGCAAAGGCAAGAGGUGCAGAGGCGAUCCACCACGAUCUGUCAGAUAUCAAUGAGAUCCCAGAAAGGGAACGCUCUGAUAAAGAGAGCACAAGUGCUUAUAAUACCGGCGGGGAAAGUUGCAAAAGCACACCUUUGGCAAGUGAACGACACCCUGGAGACUCCAGCGCCUCUGCAACCAUGCGACCUCGGACGCCCCGUCACAGAACAAGCAGGGAUAAGAAUCUAAACGUACCAUCAGAUGCCAAGAAAAAGAGUGAAGAAACAGCGGAAAACAAAAACUCUACUCCAGGAAGGCUUCGGUCGUUAUCCCGGAAUGGCGGGAGUAGUAGAAAGGGCUUGGAUGGGGCACGAAGAGGGUCUCAUUCAAAUGGGACUCUCCCUACAGGGAUCACGAAAGGUGGAAAGAGUGCAGAAAACAGUCCGUACUUGUCCCGUCGCCACUGCAGUACCACGCUGCCUCAACGCUACCAGAGUUGCAUGCAGUUGAAGGAUAUUUCUACAAAUGACAGUCCAGAAGUUAGGGACGCCAAUGAAGAGGCUCCUUCUCACUCAAAUACCUUAACGAGUGCUGCUCCCGUGACUUCAUUGAUUAUACCUCCUCCACUGGCUCCAUCUUCACCUCGAAUGGAGUGGAAGGUAAAGAUCCGCAGCGACGGCUCACGUUAUGUCGCUAAACGUCCAGUAAGAGACCGUUUGCUAAAGGCUCGUGCCAUGAAGAUUCGUGAGGAGCGCAGUGGGAUGACCACGGACGAUGAUGCGGUCAGUGAAAUGAAGAUGGGACGCUAUUGGAGCAAGGAGGAGCGUAAGCAGCAGCUGCUGAGAGCUCGCGAGCAACGGCGACGCCGUGAGUUCAUGAUGCAGAGCCGACUGGACUUCAUGCGGGAGAAAGAGAAGGAUCAAGACUCUGGACCUCAAGGACAGGCUUCAAUACUUGAGCUGAGUCAGAAAAAGAGUAUGAAGAAACGCAGCCGACGCAUCCUGGACAACUGGAUCACCAUUCAGGAGCUGCUGGCACAUGGGACCCGCUCUUUAGAUGGGAAGAAAGUGUACAACCCUUUGCUAUCCGUGACCACGGUUUAAUAAUUGGUGUGAAAUGAGACCUUUAAACAAGUAAAAUAGUAAAGAUAUUUGGUUUACAGAGUUUACCGAUUAUUUGCAACUGUCUGACAAAGAUGUCGAUGAAUAUAAACGUACAAGACAGAAAGGCUAAAGGCAAAUGAAUGUAAACUUUUCAUAACUAACGAACUCUGGGAGCAUCUCUCUGUUCCUAUACAUUGAUCUGAUGCUCGAUUUUCAGAGUCACUCUCAGACUGUUACAAUGCAGUGGUGGUCUUGAGCAUUUUCCAAACCUGAUCAAAACAUUCAUUUCUUUCGUAAACACUUUUCAAUCUGAGAACAUUUCAUGAUAAGAGAAAAACGUUCAGGGGCCUAAUGCUUGAACUGACUAGUAGUCAUCUCUUUUUUUUCAAGAUUAGUCGCACUGUAACUUUUAAAGUCAUAACAUGUUGGCAGUGUUUAUGCAACUGGCCCCAGAUCUAAUGUCUUUUGAGGAAGUUAACCCGGUGAUUGGUUGACAAAGUCGCUGCUGUUGUUUUGGCUCAAUAUGUGUGGUUUUCUUUGAUGGUAAAUGUAAAAACUUUGCAAAUGAACAAGAAAAGAAUGAGCCAUUACUUAACUUUUGACUUAUUGAGUUCACAAUUUAAGAAGCACAUGAAUCCAUUUAACAAAUGAACCAAAAAGCACAUUGACAAAAAGUACAAAAGCAGGAAACUUUCAGCACACAAAUUUAGGCACAUCGAAAGGUAAUGUCGAUUGUCAAACACCGACAUUGUCCAAAGACAAUUUGUGGUACAUAUGUCAGCAUUCAAGGAUCAAAGCAGACAUUAUCACUUAAAAUUAUUUAGUUGUUGGCUUGCAACUCCACAUUUCAAACUGAUUCUUUGAUAUUGUAAAAAAAUUAAUAAAUUGCAUGUUCUUGUCUGGGAAAUGUUUAAAUUAUGUUGUGUGAAACUGUCAAGUGACGUUUUUGCUGUCUUCUGUAAUUACUUGUCAAAAGGACAUUAAGAUAUUGUGUCCAAAUGUUCAUUUAACAUCUUGCAGGUCUAAAAUGAAGGAAUUUCUGCUCCUAAAUGUUUUUGAAUAAAACUUUUGCAACUUCA